AUGGACGGUGGACAUGUGGACAGUGGACAGUGGACUAAAGCCGGACGGAACACAGCAUCCAUAGAGAGCGCACCAGGGCCGCUGUUUGAGCAGCGGUUGCGAAGCCUGUUCCACGAGAACAAUGGCAAAGACCGGGAUUCGCCGGAACGGGAUGCCCCCGAGCACCUCGAGAACGAGGACCCGAGAGAUCUCCCCUUCACCCCUGAAUGGACCUCGACGAACGAGUUGAUCAAGGGCAUCCCCCACCAGGCCUUCCCCAAGGAGGCCGAGUCGAACCGGCUGCUGAACCUCUUCAACUCGUACAUGGGCGUCACGCAGCACUUCCUCGAUCAGCGGACCUUUACGGACAACAUGACGUUGCUAUUCCAGAGCCAGGCCUCGCGCGCCCGCCAGAUGGACACCCCGUGGUUCACGCUGUACUUGCUGGUCAUGGCGAUGGGCAAGCUGAUGGAAGAAGAUCCGCGCGAGGUGCGGGGUCCCCCGGGGGCCUUCUGGUUCGCCGAGGCGAUGAGGAGGCUCCCGCCACUGCACAGCAUCAGCGAGUAUGGCAUCGUUGGCCUGGAGAUCCUCUGCCUGGCGACCACAUAUCUGCAGUGGAACGACAGGAAGAACGAUUCCUAUUUCUUCGUGGGAACAACCGUGCGGCUUGCUCUGACUCUGGGCUGCAACUUGCCCUUCUCAGAGCAAAAGUGCCUCCCCUCAGAAAGAGCACAUCGGAUGCGGGUGUGGUGGACCGUGUACAUGCUCGACCAACGAAUAUCCGCGGGACUUGGGCGUCCGGCUUCGGUCGACGACCGCCACCUUUCCUUCGAUCUCCCCGGACCAUCGCCGGGCUUCGACUCGCCAGAGCCGCUGAACGUUAAUGUGCAAAUUGCCCGAACAACGGGCGAGAUCAUGUCGUCAUUAUAUAGUAGAGGUGCUUUGUCGCAGGCCGAUCUGGUCAGGAAGAUGCGGAAUCUUCUGCAAUCGCUCCAUGAUACCGGCCGAUCUAUCCCGGCAAACCUUGCCAUUGAUUUCAGUAACAAGCAGUUCGAGGUCACCAGAGCGGGCGCAUCACUCUAUCUGAGGCUGUUCCAGGCAAUCAUUCUUUGCAUCAGGCCCAUUUUGCUCCAAAAGGUCAAAGACAAGGUCCAGAAGACGGAAAAACAAGGGUCGGUGUCGUCUGCCAUCUCUCAGCUCUGCCUGCUCUGCAACGAAUCGGCGUUGAGGAUCAUUCGGAUCCUCAUGGCCAUGCAGAGGCAAGAGGAAAUCGCGCCUUUCGCCUUCUUCGACCUAGACGCGGCUUUCGCGGCCGCCUUCGUCCUGAUCAUGCGCGGCUUCGCGCACAAGAACGACAGCCAGAAGCCGCCGCCGCAGGAGCUGUUCCAGGCCAUCGAGUUCAUGGAGUACCUUUCCCAGGCUGGCAACAACGCGGCGGCGCAGCGGCUCAAGGACGUCCGGCAGUUCUCGGCCCACGUGUGGGUCAACGUGGUGGCGUUCGACAAGGACCACGACGUGCAGAUGGGAGAAUCCGGGGAAGAAGCCGGCGGGGUGCCCCAUGCGGGGAACACCCCCGGGUCCGUGUUGCCGGGGCAGUCGGACCAGCAGCCAUCGGCGUCCCAGAUGCCCCUGACGACGCCGACGCCGAGCUCCUCGGUCCCGUCGUGGGAGGGCGAGAUGUUUGGGGGCCCCGACGCAGAUACCUACGGCGCGGAUACGCUGUUCGGCUUGAACCUGGAUGAGAACCUCGAGCAGGCGUUUGGGCUGGAGGCCGCCGAGGGCAUCUACAACAGUUUCAACGAUCCCACGCUCCCCCUCACCGGAGUCGAUCAGCUGGACUGGGCCGAAUUGGAGAAGAUGAUGGCCCCGGGAGGUUACGGGUCAUAG